AUGAGGGCUAUCACCAAUCCUGGUCGAUUUGGAGAAAACUAUUUUAUAGCGAUGCAUUGUCGUUCGAGUAAAAAAUUCAUCCUGAUCGAGCAGCAGAAAACCGCUGAUUAUCAUCCACGCAUCAACUGUAAUACCAGAAGAGAAAUCGUCACACAGUUCUUUGACGAUCAAAGCUUGAAUUUUUACGCCCUAAGUAAACAUGAGACGAUCUCAGUCUUUUGGAGCAUUCUGGAGCAUAUGGGACGUGAGGAGCAUGGAAGGACUUGGUGCAUGGACACAGCUCAACAGGAUACGCAAAGGAAGAAGGAGGAAGCCAUCUUGAAGACCAGCUCGACCAUCUACUCGACCAACCGGUCGAGUUCGCCAACUCGACCGGCCAAGCUUCAACUCGAUCGAGCUGAGAAGUCAAAGUCAAACCCGAAAAAUGUUGCUUCCCCCUUGACUUGUCUUUGA